AUGGGUAGCCGAGAGGCGGCUUUCACCUAUGCCAUCACGGCGACUGGCGUGGCACAUUCGGUGACAGCAGCGUGUAGUCAGGGCAACCUGAGCCAGUGUGGCUGCGACUGGGAGAAGCAGGGCUACCAUGACCAGGAGGAGGGCUGGAAGUGGGGAGGCUGCUCGGCCAACAUCAAGUACGGCGUGGAGUUCUCCAUACGCUUCGUAGAUGCCCGAGAGAUCAAGAAGAACGCCCGACUUCUGAUGAACCUGCAUAAUAAUGAGGCAGGACGAAAGGUAAAGUGA